CAAGACACGUCCGUGGCGAAUGGUACAUCUUCAUCGUUGUCACCGUCGGCCAUCUGCUUGCUGUCUGUACUUAUCGCUUCCGGCGCAUAUACCCUGUCUUUCUGUGUGAAUACCAAGUACACAAUCAUCUGUGGACGAAGGAUAGGACCAAAGUACCCACACGCGCGUUGGGCGCAUACAUCGACCUCACUAGCCAGUCGCGCGCCAUCAUGACGGGCUUCUCCGCACUACCAGUCGCCGAGGAGGGGGGCGAGGACUAUGAGGACUCGACGCGGUGGGCGGGCGUACCAAGGAUCCUGGGGCCGAAGUGGGCGCAGCUGCCCAUCCUCACGGUCGGCCUGCUCGGCGUGCAGCUGUUCUGGAGUGUCGAGAUGUCCUAUGCAUCACCAUACCUCCUAAGCCUCGGCAUGAGCAAGUCUGCCAUGGCCGUCGUCUUCGUUGCGGGCCCCUUGUCCGGCCUGGUCAUGCAGCCCUUGAUUGGUGUCCUCGCGGACAACUGCACCUCCCGCCUGGGCAGGAGACGACCGUACAUGAUCGGCGGAGUGAUCCUCUGCUCGUGCGCGAUGCUGUUGCUCGGUUAUACGCGUCCUAUAGCAGCGAUAUUCACGGGCUAUGACAAUGCUGCGAACGACCGAUGGACGAUUGCUCUCGCUGUACUGGCCGUCUACAUCAUCGACUUCGCCAUCAAUGCUGUGCAGGCGGUCGACCGUGCCAUCCUCGUUGAUACUCUACCACCGACUGCGCAGGCCUCCGGAAACGCCUGGGCCGCACGAAUGCUGGGCAUCGGGAGUGUUGUUGGGUUCUUUGCAGGCAACGUGGACCUGCCCUCGUACUUCACCUGGCUAGGCUCAAAUCAGCUCGGUGUUCUCUCAGUUAUUGUCAUAUUCUGGCUCGUCUUGGUGCAUGCCAUCACGGUUACCUCGGUGAAAGAGCGUAUACUGCUCAAGCGAACAUCUGAGAUAUCCCUUUUGCAAACUUUCAAGCGCGAAUUCAAGGACAUCUUCGCCAACAUAUUCAGAUUGCCGCGGACCAUCAAACAGAUUUUUACAGUCCAGUUCUUCGCCUGGAUCGGGUGGUUCCCAGUCAUGUUCUACACCUCGGUCUACAUCGGCGACCUCUACAAACGCUCCGCCGCACAAGCACAUAUCGAACCCGAUGACGCAGAGGGGACGCGCCUAGGAGCUCGCGCACUCUUCUACAUGGGGGCUGUCUCCCUCUUCGCCAACGUCGUCCUACCGGCCUUCGUUGCUGAGACUGCAUCCAAAUCAAGGAGUGGGACGCCUUUGCCUGUGCUCAAGAAGCCGUCGCGAUUUGUUGUACCUGCGCGAAUGAAGGUUCAUCUGGCGACUUUGUGGGCGGCAAGCCACGUGGUAUUCGCUGCUUGCAUGCUGGGGACGUUUUUUGUAGACUCAGUCGCUGGAGGGACUUUGCUGGUCGCUGUCACGGGCUUUUCGUGGGCGAUCACGCAGUGGGCGCCGUUUUCUUUGCUCGGCGAGGCAAUCCUACUCGAACCAGCGGGUCCUACAGAUGCCUCCAUCCGCUUAGCAGACGUCCGCGCAUCAGAGGAACGCCAACGAUUCCUCGUUGCGGGCGACUCAGACGAUGAGGAAGAAAUCGGCGUCCACAGACGGCGCAGCACCGACAACAGCCGGGGCAGCCUCGACAGAAGUCGCAGCGGGUUCGCGGACGACGAUAUCGGGAACGGUUUCGCACACGAUGAGCACGGGAAUGGCUUUGCCCACGACGGGAAUGGCAACGGCUUCGCGCACGACGAUAGCUUCACACACGAGUCUGGCAAUGGUUUUGCGGCGGGUGUGACGAGUCCGGAGAGGCGGGGAAGCGUGAUGAGCAACUCGGGCGCGCAGAUGAGCGUGGUCAAUGUCCAUAGUGUCGUCUCGGAAGAAGGAGCGCCGAAGGAAGCGGGUGGGGGUCUGGCAGCAAAGGCUGGGAUUAUCUUGGGCAUUCACAACCUCUUCAUCGUGAUCCCCCAAUUCAUAGUCACCGGCGUUUCUUCGAUUAUCUUUGCCAUCUUCGACCCCGACCAAAGUGUGCUGCAUGGCGGGCAUGGCGGAAUCCCGAUGCAUAAUUCGACAACAACAGAAGAUGGCACGGAUGCAGCUGCGUCUGGGGAUCUGGCAUUCCGUUCAUUGGCGUACCGCGCUGAGGAAGAAGACGAUGCAGGCGGAUCGAAUUCGGUGGUGUAUAUCUUCAGACUCGCAGGAUUCUCCGCCGUCAUCGCUGCUGUGCUAUGUUGGAGACUAGCACGAGAUUUGCGGCACCGGUGAACGCACUGCCAUACUCGUCCACCUCAAAAGCUACUAUGGACGUUGUAUUUAUGUCUCGCUGUACACUAGGACCUUUUCACCAUAAUCUUAUUGGGUCUGCAGGACGGGAAGCUUCCGUGGUCGCUUCUCAAGCAUCUACAUAUGGGCGUUAUAGUGUUCGGAAAAUGUCCGAAGACAAAAACCAUAGGUACUGAAGUGGCAACCUAAAAAUCCAUGGUAGCG